AUGCAUCGGUUGGCGAUAUUCUUUUGUGUACUAGUGCUGAGUACUAUGGUACUUUGCGAAGACCACCCGAACCAGAAAUCGGAUCACCAUCCCUCGGAGCAUCCCUCCAACGAACAUCACCAAAAUGAACAUCACCAAAAUGAACACCACCAAAAUGAACAACACCACGAGCAUCAAAAUGAUCAUCAAAAACAAGCAGGAUCAAACCCUAGAAUGCCUGAAAUGCCCAAAAUGCCAGACGGCAAACCACCUGGCUUGAACAAU